AUGUUUUGGGUCAUUGAUAAAAUACCUUCUUACUAUCUGUGUUUUAGUUCUUUGUUUGUGCACAUGUCACAUUACACGUGGGCCCACAUUGGGGACUGCUUCCUCAGUCUUUUCCUCUUCUGGCCGUCCAUGGUCUGUUACUGGCGAGGUAUAUGGGAUCUCUACUCUUACUACUUCAAACUUGACAGCGGUGAACCGUUCAAUAGUUGGCUGAUUACUUCGGUCGGGUCGGUUUUCAUCUUCGCCUAUGCCCUCUAUCCACUAGUCGAUAGAUGCCUAGAAAAACGCGGCCGAAAAACCAGAUGCCUGAUAACAAGGAUAACUUUGUACGUCGGGGGCAUUUUCCUGAUGGGGUACUGGAGGGGCGUAUGGGGGCUGGCCGAUUAUUAUCUUGAGGGCUUCGGAUGGAAAGGUGGCAUGAUAGGGCUGGCAUUCUGUUACUCGAUACUUACGGUUCUUAAAACAAGUCGGACGGUUAUUUUUCCGCCGUUCGUCGUCACCAUGGAUAGCAGGGAUGGCGCGUUGAUUCCUUCGACCAAGUUUAAAAUUAAGCCAGAAAAAAAUCUCCAAGCCCUGAUCUUAUACUUCCUGGAUUCCUGCUUUACUCACUUCGUCAUCAUCACGUUGACCAUCUGCAACUGGCGAUCCAUCCUAACUCUCAUCCAAUUCAUUCCUUUAUCCAAAGAGUAUUCAGAUUUUGUGUAUCUCUCGGCUGGUUUUGCCGCGUCGUGCAUUUUAUUUUCUGCUGAAAUUCCACUCGUUAUUUUGGGAAACAAGCUGGUUGGAAGUUCUUUUGUGAGUGUUCCUCGGAGUAAUGGUGCUGUCGCUGAUGUAGAUGGUGAAAAUGUUUUGAAAGAUGAGUGCGGUGAUGCUGAUAACAGUCUAAGUGCUGGUGAAACUUUAGGUUUACCAAAUAAUCGGACAUCCGUAUCGACAGAGCGGCAGCCAAAUGAAAUAUUUUUUGUGAGUUCGUGUAAUCAGAUGAAUGAGUCUGAUGUUCAAUCCAGUCAAACUUUUCAGCCGGGUCAUCAUGGACAACAACAUGAGCAAGACGAACAUCAACAACAUCUACCACAACAACUAAAUCAUCAACAACAAAACCACCAUCGUCAUCAUCAUCCUAUAUUCCAAAGCUCAGAUCCUUCAACCCACCGUCAAUUAUAUUGCCAGCAACAUCAGCAGCAGCAACAACAUCCGCCAACAAACGCUACCACAGCAACUUCAACAGCAGCAUCUAACGCAACAAGAAAAAACUCAAAGCCUCAAGUUUCCGUUCAUUGGAAACUUCUAGCCUACGAAAACUCCAUAUACAUGGUGGCAUUCAUUUCUGAGGCCUUACUAUGGAUCGGUGCCUGGAAUGUAAACUCCUCCUACAUCAUACCAGAUCAACAAAUAGGCGGUUGGGUGAAUCAUCUAGUUGGCACUUUUAUGCUAAUUUUGUGUGGCAUCAUGAGCUAUGGUGGAGCGUGUGGGUGUUGCGACGACAGUUCCAUCUUGGCUGGCUGCUUGGAUAUGGUGGUUCCUACGAAAUUUCAUCACAUCUACCCCAUCAAAUAUUUGAGGACCAUGUACGAAGAUAGGAUUAGGAGGAGGACGGCUCUUGUUCCUGUUCAGAUCGCAGCAACAGAUCCCGGUGCGAUACCAACAUCACCUUCCACGGCCACCAUGAUGACGGUUGACGUGGAAAUUUUUGUACAAAGCAACAGCAACGGUUGCGACAACAACAACAACAACAACGUCACCAUCAACAAAAAUAACCACAAAGUGAUCAACAACAACAUUUAUAACAACAACAACGACGAUAAGGAGGACAGCAAUACCAGUAACGUUAAUGUUGAUAACAUUAACAAGAUCAACAGUGGCUCCAACAACAACAACAACAACAACAACAGACAAACCAAUAAAAAUCUCGCCUACAUCCAACCAGCCAUCAAAAACCUCCACACUAACCAGCCUCUUCACAACCAAAACUCCAAGACCAACACCUCAUAUUGUGAUGAUGACUGUGGUAAUAAUGAUGAUAAUAAUAGUGAUAUGAUGUGUGGGUGUCCAGAUGACUAUCACGAUGAUGACGUUGAUGAUAUCUACAGAACAGAAUUUUAGUAACGGAAUUAAAAUUGUAUAUUAUUUCAUUAUCGAAAAUUCCGAAACUAUUUCGAUUUAAAGUGCUUUUUAUAUUAUCGUCCGUAAUGACCAUAUUGUAUUAAUAAACCGUAUAUGUAAAAUAAAAAUCUGAUACUGUAUCUAUGUCCUCAACUGACCCAAAAAACAUUAACACAAAUUUCAAAAUACUUUUAUGUUGAGAAUAUAACGAUAUUUUUUUCUGUUUCAGUUCUUUGUCAAUAGUAUUUAAAAAUUA